AUGUGGAGUGCUGGGUUAGGGUUCCGCCCACCGAGGUAUCUGAUCGCAGGGCAGACAGGCAGAGAGUGUAAAAUGGCGCACAGCUGUCGGUGGCGGUUCCCCGCUCGGCCCGGAGGGAGCAGCAACUCCGGCACCGGGAGGAGAGCGGGCCGAAUUAGGGUUACUGCCUCUCUGCGGAGUGUCUCGGGAGCCCAGCCUAACGCGGCGGCGCUCGGACCCGGGUUUGAUGCUGCACUACAGGUCUCUUCAGUUAUCGGGAGCAACCUGCAGAAAUUUCGGGAUGUUUUGGGGGAAUCGAGCGACUCGAGCAGCGCGGAGGAAGAGGCAUUCGGUGGAUUUGGAGCUGUGGCUGAGCAGAAGCGAAUACAGAGCCCUUCAACAGCUUCAUCGGGCCCACCUGCACAGGAGAAAAAGCCCAGAGGCCGCCCCCCACGGAUGCUCACUGCCCAGAAAGCUGCUGCAAGUUUAAUUUCCCCGUCGUCCCUUCCAUCCCCCACACAAGAAAAACCCGAGGGUUCUGAAAGGCCAGCAGAGAAGGUGAAAAGGCUACCCGGAAGGCCGCCUGGCAGUGGGGAAAAGAGAAGAGGCCGGCCACCAUCUUCAAGCAGUAAAAAAGCUUGGAGUGCCAGCAGCCAUGCAGCGGGAGACGACGGUCGGCAAGCCGGGCUGGAGUCGGGUAUGGACACAGAGGAGGAUCAGGACCGAAAGGGCACCAAGAGGCUGCCGGUGGGCUCCGCCCAGCCACAUGACACUGAGGCAAAGCUUCCCAAACCCAAAGUUACCAACCUGAAGCGGCUGACAGAGACUAAACUCGCCCCUCUCAAGUCACACCUCAAGACGUUGCCGGGUCUACCCAGACGCAGACGCGGACGACCGCCCUCAGCCGAGCGGCUGAAAGCUGAAGCAGCCGCCGCCGCAGCUGCGCAGCUCUCUACCUCCGUUGAAUGUGGGGAAGGGAAACACAAGGCCUUCAGAGUUAGAGGUGGGGACAAAAGCACAGAACCACACACGCCUCAGCAGCCCAUGCUGAGGACUGUGGAUGGUGCUGAGGACCAGGACUCAUCCAAUCCACCUUCUUCCCCAUCUCCCUCCAAGCAAGGCAGGACUGUGGGCCUGAGAAAAAGCCCACGGCAUAGAAAACCGGUCAGAAUCGUCCCCCCCUCUAAACGCACUGAUGCAACCAUAGCUAAGCAGCUGCUGCAGCGAGCAAAGAAAGGAGCGCAGAAGCGAAUGGAGAAGGAGGCUGGCUCCAUUGGAGGCAGCGGGGCAGCCUCCAUUGAAGCUGGUAUCAGGAAGACCCCGCUGAAGAACAUCCGGCAGUUCAUCAUGCCCGUGGUCAGCACCGUUUCCCUUCGCAUCAUCAAAACCCCCAAGCGCUUCAUCGAAGAUGAGGGCAGUUUUGGAACUCCGCCACCCCACACCAAGAUGGCACGGUUCGAAACGACUCCCUCAACGGUUUCCACGUCUGCUCAGCCCGCCUCCACCACGUCCUCGUCCCCCUCUCCCGUUGUUUCCACUACAACUGCUGUCGCUAGUACUGGUACCACCCCUCCAGUCGACUUGCUGCCCCCGCCGCCAUCUCCCGCCCCUGCCCCCUCUGUUCCAUCGACGGCCGCCAAUCUGCUCAACAGCAACAGCAACAACGCAGCCAACGGGCGAUUUAGCAGCAGCGCGCCAUCGUGCGGCUCAAGUGCUAUGUCGCAACAUUCCUCGCAGCUCUCGUCUGCGGAGUCUUCCAGGUCCAGCACCCCGAGUUUGGAUGACUCAUCAUGUGACUCCCAGGCCUCUGAGGGCACACAGGCUCUGUCAGAGCCAGAGGAUCACUCUCCUCCGUCCUCACAGGGAGAGAGGGAGACCACCCUAUUACACAGCUCACGGCCUCCCUCGCCUCCAUCUGAACCGGAGCCAGAGCAUGUUUUGGCAGAGAGGAGUCGGCGAGGCCGGCGAGGGCAGGGAGUCGGUCGUGGAAGUCAGAAGCAGAAUGUGAGAGAGGCUCUUCCCACCGGGCCCAAGAAGCCAAUCAUCAGCCCUCCUACGGGGGUGCUGAUGCCUUCCUCUACACAUGUAAACUCCCAGCAAGCUUCAUCCACAGCCUCGUCCUCGUCCUCACCUCCACCUCCCCCUCUCCUCACCCCACCACAGCUUCCCCAGUCGGGUUCCUCCAGUGCAGCUGCCGUCAGUGAACACCACCCCCAGUCCUCCUGGAUGCCUCACCCCAUCCCGCCGUUCCUGCCUGGACCCUCAGUGCUGUCCGGCUUGUCAGAUAAACGAAGUCGCUCAAUUUUGAGAGAGCCCACCUUCCGCUGGACGUCGCUGUCCCACCCGAGGCACCAGUACUUCUCCUCUGCUAAGUAUGCCAAGGAGGGUCUCAUCCGCAAGCCCAUAUUUGACAAUUUCCGCCCUCCCCCUCUCACGCCCGAAGAUGUGGGGUUGCUGCCCCAAGGCGUCAGCGGAGCAGGGGGAGCUGCUCCGGGCUCAUUUCCCGCGCCCGGCAGCGGAACGGGAACAGGGACUCGUCUGUUCGCCCCUCUUCACCCUCACACCCAUCACCAACAUCCACCAUCGUCCCGUUUUGACACGCCACUCCAGAAGCGCAGCCCAUUGCUCCGAGCGCCACGCUUUACGCCCAGCGAGGCUCACUCCCGCAUAUUUGAGUCUGUUACUUUACAGUCGUCUUCUGGGAGCAGUGUUGGUUCUCUGUCGCCACACCAGACAUCCUCAAGCUCCAGCAGAGCCUCGCGUCGCAAAAAACGGCUGGUCCCCGCGGGGCUGAGAGGAAAUCCACGGUCUCCAUCCCACUCAAUGACCAGACGCAGCAGCCAAGUAGGAGGAGGUCAGAUGUCUGUGGGGAAAGGCGCCUCUGAGAUGUCUGGGCUGACAGGCUCUGUGUCCAGUAGUAACCCCAGCUCCUUGCCCGGGGUUUCUACAAGUCCACUAGCCACUAGUGCCUUAACGCCUGCUCCUUUCAGCACCUUUUCAACUGUAUCUCGGGGUCUGCCCUCACAAGGAACACCUGAUAGUAGAAAAGGGGCUGCUGGUAAUCCACCUCCUUUGUCAUCUUCAUCAUCCGCUUCUUCGCCGCUCUUCCCUCUUUUUCCCUCCGGUGCGCAGGACACGGGGCGAGGAUCCGGGAAAGGAGGGAAAGAAAAAAGCCAGUCAGCUCCCCAGGAACCUGCUCCCAAGGAAAAAGAAAGGGAUCCUGAGAAAAACCGAGAGAAGGAGAAGGAAAAUAAGAGGGAAGGGAGGAAAGACUUGGAGAAAAGAAGCAAGGUUUCUACACCAGACGGCUCUCCCACUGCACCUUCAAGCUUGUUUACUGUGGAUGGGAGAGAUACAGAAAGUGCUCUCUCGUCUCUCGCUUCCAAAAAGACUCCAGGGAGGAAAAAAUCAACAUCAGCUGACAUGGUUUCUGACACUGCUUCUCCAGACCCACGUGGGCUUCAUUCCACGGUUCCCGGGUCCAUUGCUAAGGGGCGUCUGCCUAAGAAAGUCCGACCCUCUGAGAAAGGUGCGGAAACAGAGGAUGGGGAAAAAGAAAGACGAAGUACUCCCACUCAGCAGACAGCAGGCCUUCCCGGGCAGCCAGGUAGACAACAGCUACCUGUCUCCUCUCUCGGAUCAAUGUUGUCACAAGCAGAGAAACAUCCUGUGACUGAUAAGCGGGUCGUCGGGCUGCUGAAGAAGGCUAAAGCUCAGCUCUACGAGAUUAAGAAGAAUAAGAUGAAGCCUGCCGAUCAGACCAAGGUUCAGGGUCAAGAAAGCGACUCGUCAGAAGCAUCAGUCCGUGGUCCGCGCAUCAAGCAUGUAUGCCGUCGUGCAGCUGUGGCUCUCGGCCGUAAUCGGGCAGUGUUCCCUGAUGACAUGCCCACACUUAGUGCCUUGCCUUGGGAGGAGAGAGAGAAAAUCCUAUCUUCCAUGGGAAACGAUGACAAGUCAUCAGUAGCAGGCUCGGAAGAGGCAGAGCCUCAGUCGCCGCCCUUAAAGCCGCGGGAGACACGGCAGAAGGCUGUUCAGGAAGCUCCUCCCAAGAAGGGGCGUCGGUCACGGCGCUGUGGUCAGUGCUCAGGCUGCCAGGUCCCAGAGGAUUGUGGCGAGUGUACCAACUGUCUCGACAAACCCAAGUUUGGAGGACGAAACAUUAAGAAGCAAUGCUGCAAGAUGAGAAAGUGUCAGAACUUGCAAUGGAUGCCCUCAAAGAUGUUCAUUCAAAAGCAAGGGAAAUCGAAGAAGGAUAAGAAAAAGAACAGGCUGUAUGAGAGAAGGGAAAGCACCAAUUUCUCUAAAGGACCAAACUCAGAGUCUGGCCCCAAAUCUUCUCCAGCUCCACCUAAGGAGGAGCCUGCCCGUAAAAAGAGUGAAACUCCUCCUUUAAAACUGGUAGAAGAAAAGUCAAAGCAGCAGCCGCUCUCGAAGCAAUCUUCUCCAACGCUCGCAUCGUCCCCGGCCUCACCCGAAGCCCCUCAGGCCCCCGGCACGGUUCCCGCCCAGGCUCCGUCUCCCGCCGAGUCGCCGGACCCCAAACAGCUCUCAGGCACGAGCAGCGCCGCCACUAAAAAAGCGCACAAGCCACAGCAGUCGACACCAGCCUCCUCGUCCACCUCGUCCUCCUCCACCUCCUCGUCCUCCUCGUCUUCCUCCUCGUCAUCCUCCUCCGCAUCGUCGUCAGGCCAGAAUUCCCCCUCCCAGUCCACGCAGCCUCACCAGACGUCACAACAGCAGCAGCAGCAGCGGCCAGCUUCCAGCCUGGCGCCGUCAAAAAAGGACUCCUCACCCAAGAUUACCGUGAGUGACCCCAAGAGAAAACCCCAGCACCACUCAUCUCUACAGCAGAGCUCCACCGCAGCAGUGUCAGACACUGUUGACUCAAAGCAGCUGAAGAAGCCAACAUCUCGCUCUCUUCCUCUGUCUCCGAAGCAAAGACCAAAAGACAAGCCGCUGACCACUAAACUCCCCAGCAGCAGUACUUUAAACUGGCUAAGCACUCCCUCGACUAGGGGCCAGGUGAAGUCCAGAGCGCCCUGCGACGGAGUGCAUCGUAUCAGAGUGGAUUUCAAAAGGGACCAUGAUGUGGAGAAGGUGUGGGAGGCCGGCGGCCUCAGUCUGCUCACGUCUGUGCCUGUCACGCCCAGGGUGCUCUGCUUCUUAUGUGCAAGCAGUGGAAAUGUGGAGUUUGUCUUCUGUCAGGUAUGCUGUGAACCGUUUCAUCUCUUUUGCCUGGGGGAGUCGGAGCGCCCUCUCCAGGAGCAGUUUGAAAACUGGUGUUGUCGAAGAUGCAGAUACUGCCAGGCCUGUGGGCGCCAGCAUCAGAAAACUAAACAGCAGCAGCUGCUAGAGUGCGAUAAGUGCCGCAACAGCUAUCACCCGGAGUGCCUGGGUCCCAAUCACCCCACCAGACCCACCAAGAAGAAGCGAGUCUGGGUUUGCACCAAGUGUGUGCGCUGUAAGAGUUGUGGAGCCACAAAACCCGGGAAGUCCUGGGACGCCCAAUGGUCACAUGACUUCUCCAUGUGUCACGACUGUGCCAAACUUUUUGCUAAAGGGAACUUCUGCCCACUGUGUAACAAGUGCUAUGAUGACGACGACUACGACAGCAAGAUGAUGGAGUGCGGCCGCUGCAACCACUGGGUUCAUGCCAAGUGUGAAAAUCUCACAGAUGAAAUGUACGAGCUGCUGUCAAAGCUGCCAGAGAGCGUUGCCUACAUGUGUACCAAAUGUACCGAGCGCCAUCCGGCCGAGUGGAGGACGGCCCUGGAGAGGAAGCUUCAGAGCUGCAUUCGCCAUGUUCUCACUGCACUGCUCAACUCCCGCACGUCCACGCACCUGUUACGCUACAGACAGGCGGUGAAGCCUCCAGAGCUUAAUCCAGAGACGGAGGAGAGUCUUCCAUCCCGUCGUUCCCCAGAGGGCCCAGAUCCUCCUGUCCUGACCGAAGUCCCUCCCACGCCCCCCAGCGACUCCCCUCCGGACCUGGAGUCUGUUGAGAAGAAGAUGGACCAAGGCCGGUACAACUCACUGCUGGAGUUCAGUGACGACAUCGUGCGAAUCAUCCAGACAGCCAUCAACGGCGAUGGAGGACAGCCGGAAAGCAGGAAGGCCAACAGCAUGGUGAAGUCCUUCUUCAUCCGGCAAAUGGACCGAAUCUUCCCGUGGUUCAAAGUGAAAGACUCCAGGUUCUGGGAAAGGCAAAAAGUUUCUGCCAACAGUGGGCUCCUCCCCAACGCCGUGCUGCCUCCGUCCCUGGAUCACAACUACGCUCAGUGGCAGGAGAGACAGGAGCUUUCCCGUGCCGAGCACCCCCACCUCAUGAAGAAGAUCAUCCCAGCGCCCCGCCCCAAGACACCCGGUGAACCCGAUUCUCCAGCUACACCUCCACCUUUGCCUCCUACUUUACCCCCACCGCCCCCACUCCUACCUGAUCGUGAAGACAGCCCUGAGCUCCCUCUUCCACCAGGCGUCACCGACAACAGGCAGUGUGUUCUGUGUCUCAAAUACGGAGACGAGAACACUAAUGAGGGCGGCAGGCUCUUGUACAUCGGUCAGAAUGAGUGGGCCCAUGUGAACUGCGCGCUGUGGUCUGCUGAGGUGUUUGAAGACGAUGACGGCUCUUUGAAAAAUGUUCACAUGGCUGUUCUCAGGGGAAAACAGCUGCGCUGCGAGAAGUGUCAAAAGCAAGGAGCCACAGUUGGCUGCUGCCUUACUUCUUGCACCAGUAACUACCACUUCAUGUGUGCUCGCCAAUGCCACUGCGUCUUCCUGGAGGACAAGAAAGUCUACUGCCCAAAGCACCGGGACCUGAUCAAAGGAGAAGUGGUGUCGGGUUUCGAGGUGACCCGCAGGAUUCUUGUUGACCUGGAGGGGAUUAGUCUCAGGAGGAAGUGGCUGGCAGGACUUGAACCUGAAAAUGUUCACAUGAUGAUCGGGUCCAUGACCAUCGACUGUCUGGGAAUCCUGACUGAACUCUCAGAUUGCAAACGCAAACUCUUUCCUGUGGGAUACCAGUGCUCAAGGGUCUACUGGAGUACGCUGGAUGCUCGCAAGCGCUGCGUGUACACAUGCAGGAUCCUCGUCUGUCACCCUCCUGUGGCAGAAUCUGAAAUGAAGAACAUGCUGGCUCCUGAGGAGAAUCGCACGAUAGCACACAGUCCACCUCCCCUAACAGACUUUCCUGAUCCAUUUGAAUCACCGAGACGCUCCGACACCCUUUCACCCGCCAACACCCCCAAGCUCAGGGUUUACACCAGGAACCGGCACCCCAGCUACCCGCCGUGUCAGCGCUCUCUGGGCCCCAAGCCCAUGCCAUCAACAGGAGGUACCUCUCAGCCCCAAAGCCAUGAGAUUGUGACGGUCGGCGACUCGCUCGUAAACUCCGGCAUGCGGAAUAUCGACUCCCGCCGUCACAGCUCCCCUUCUCUUUCUCCUCCGACCCACCAGCUCAACCGACCGAGAGGAGUGACCUCCCUGCCUCACAUUUUGUCACGGCCCCUCACCUCCCCGCCACCUCUCAUCCCCUCCCCCGCCAGAGACCCCGAGAAGUCCAGACAUCCAAGCAAGGACUCGGCAAAGUGUGCAGCGCAGAGAGACGAUGAAAAGAGUCGACUGUUCUCCGCAGAUAGAAAUAGGCAGCAAUUUUCUAGAGAGCAAGGGUUAAGAGAAGCCGACAAGGGGAGAAUGUCAAGUCGAGACCAAGCUUCUAAGGAUUCUGACAAGAAUAGAUCAACAAGAGAAAAAGACUCUGACAAGGGCGAUGUAUCAGCCAAAGAGCCAGACAAGAGGAGAUCACUGAGUAAAGACUCGGGUUUGAAAGAAUCCGAGAGGGGAAGAACUCUCAGCAGAGAUCCGCUGAGAGAUUCGGAGAAGGGGAGACAAGCAAACAGAGACUCCGACAAAAGGAGGCACGCAAGCAGAGAGUCGAGCACAAGGGAAACAGAUAAGAGUAAAUCAUCCUCUAGAGAUCCCAGCUAUAGGGAUACGGACAAAUCUAGGUCAGUCAGUAGAGAUACUGGACUAAGGGACUCUGAGAGGCAUCGGCAAUAUAGCAGGGAAAUGGGAAAAGACUCAGGCCAUAGUAAAGACAAACUGUCUAGCAGAGAUUCUGACAAGGGUCGACCUCCUUCAAGAGAUUCCAGUUACAGAAGCACAGACAGAAACAAAGACGCCGGCUCAGGGAAAGAUAGCAACCCUAGCAAUCAGUCGAAGCAUACCGGAGGUGAGAGCAAGAGUUCAAGGCUGACGCCCGCUGGCUCAGGCCAGUCCUCUCCCCCCGUCGGAACCGCCGUCCUCACAGGCCAUCAGAGGAGUGGCGGCAGCAAGCAGACGGAGAAGCAAGGGAAGCAUGGAAGCAAAGACCAGCAUGAUGUUUCUGCAAGUGCCAGUGUGCUGCCUCACCACCGGUCCGCUCCCACCUCCAACACGAUGCAGUGCAAGGACAAGCCCAGCUCAGGGAAGGAGAGUAGUAGCGGGACAGGAAGUUUAAUACCAUCGUCACUUCAUAAAGACUCUAUCGUCGGGAAAUCGGGCUCGCCGCAGCCGCCAUUUCAUAAGUCCAAUACACGGAAAUCAAAUGAUUACUCGUCAGGUGCAGCCACAGCAGCAGCAGCUCCAAAGUCCAUGUGGUCGUUGAGGACAUCGGGGGACAACGAUGUUGGAAAAAGGGGCUCCGUUCAACUCUCUUCUUCAACGUCAGCCUCAGCUGCCAAAGACAAACACCCCAAAGUGAAGACGGCAGGCAGCAGAGAUGUUUCCAAAGACCGCGACAGAGAAAAGACCCUUCAAAACAGCAACAGCAGCAACAAAAUCCCUCGUCUCAACAACAACACAAAGGCUACUGGCGGCAUUAACACGCACGCCACAAGCCCCAGCUCUCACAACAGCAGCAAUAGCAAAGCCCCAGUGCUUGGAAACAGCAUCAAAGCUCACGGGAAAGCUCAGGGGGAGAAACACGAAAACCAGGGAGGGGACAGGUCAUCGUCAAAGAGCAGAGAGAACGUUCCCUGCUCAGCGAGGAAGAACAGCUCCAGUCUGGACAGUUUACAGCAGGCUGGUUUAGCCCCGGAGAAAGGACUGAAGGCCUCCGCUCAGCUGCACACCAAACAGACAACCAACCAGCUGCCGCUGUCCUCCAGGGAGAAAAAACAGCCAGUUAAAUCCCUCUCAGCAAAUCCACUCAAGACCGACAUCAAGACGGAUCCCAACGGGACCAGCGCCGUCGGUGGUCUUCCUUCCUCAGCCGGUCCUACGACCACCGCGUCCCCUAUCCCCCCUGUCAGCCAGGGGUCCCGUCGCCCCGCCCACCCGGCCCUCUUCUCCUCGCCCUCUGCCAGCAGCAGCGACAGUUCUGAAUCAGACACUCAGACUCAGCCAGACGACCAUCGUCCACGCAAACCGCACUCGUGCGGCGAUCUCCGAGACCGCCGCGGCCACCUCGCCCACGGCACCGAGGACGAGGGCGACGGCCCCGAGGACGAGCACGACAGAAGUAUGGAGGAUAAACAUCACGAGGACGACAGUGACGGAUCGGGGUCAGCCAAGCGGCGCUACCCUCGGCGCAGCGCCCGCGCUCGCUCCAACAUGUUUUUUGGCCUCACGCCCUUCUACGGGGUCCGCUCAUACGGCGAAGAGGAUCUCCCUUUCUACGGCAGCGGGGAUGGAACAGGGGCGUUGGUUAAGAGGAGGACUGGCGGCCGCAAAAAGUCAGCCGAGGGCCAAGUAGACGGGGCCGACGACAUGAGCACGUCGUCUUCGUCGGGGGACAGCGGUGAAGAUGACGACAGCGGAAUGAAACACAGGGGGAAAGACCCUUACUAUUACAACUUCACCAGAACAAUAAUCAACCCCAGUGAGGGCCUGCCAUCCAUAGAAGGGUUAGACCAGUGCCUGGGACGUGGAUCCCAACUCCAGCGCUUCCUGAAAGACGAAGAGCAGCAGCAGCAGAGGUCUCAAGAGAAAACUGAAGAGGACAUGUUGAGUGCCUUGACCAUAAGCAAGCAACAUAUCGGUCAGCUGGACGGCGUGGACGACGGCUCAGAGAGCGACACCAGUAUCUGCACCACCAGCACCACGACCACCACGGCCACCUCCUCAUCGACUCCACACAAGAGCACCCCCAAAAGGAGGGGCAGAGAAAGGCACACUGAGAAAUCGGACUCCCAUGAAGUGAGUAAGGAGACCGACGGCAACAGUGGAGCAGUGAGCGGAAACACGCGAGAAAGCCGGAAGAACCAAAAGGAAAACUGCCUUACAGUUGGAGGCGGAGUCAAAUCGCAGCAGCAGAGUCAAGGUCAGGAUCCUCUGGAGGCCCAGCUGUCCCUCAGCACAGACCUGCUCAAAUCGGACUCUGACAACAACAACAGUGACGACUGUGGGAAUAUUUUGCCGUCGGACAUCAUGGAGUUCGUCCUGAACACACCUUCCAUGUCGCUGCCGGCUCUGGGCCAGCAGUCUGAGCCGUCCUCCUCGGAGCUGCUGCUGGACGAGGGCUACGUUGGGGUGGACGUCAACAGGCGUAAAGACAUUCUGUUUGAUGACUUCUCCCAACCGCUGCCCAGUGCUGAAAGCGGAGGGGUCGUGGAGAGCAGCGUGAACAGCUCCAUCUCUGUGGAGGAGCCGUAUCUUCCUCUGGAGCUGCCCUCCGACCUCUCGGUCCUCACCACCCGCAGCCCGACCGUCAACACAAAUCAAAACCACAAUGCCGGCAGUCUCAUCUCAAAUACCUCCGACCGAAGCAUGCUGGGAAUGAACUCGGACCCGGAGACCAUCAGUGGAGAGAAGAGUGGGGAGAAGAAACAAGCGGGUCCCGGCGUGUCGCCGUCAGAGAACCAGCACGAGGCGCCAGCUCUGGGAAACAGAGACUCGCAGGUCACAGAAGGUCACAUGACUCCAGAGCAGUUUAUUCCCAGCCCCGCUAUCGGCCAGGUGGUCGAACCUGCAGCCAGCCAAGACGUUCCCAGGAGUUCUGGUACUCCUGGUUUGCCGAGUUCUCCCUCUCUGCCUCUGCAAGGUCAGAAGUUCAUCCCGGCAUCGGCCGCCGCUUCGGGCUGCCCCAGUCCGGUACCGGUCUCCGGAACGUCCCAGACUCAAGUUUCCAGCCCAGCGGUCAUCAAACCAGGUCCGGACAAGCUCAUCGUUGUCAACCAGCAGUUCCAGCCGCUGUACGUUCUUCAAACUGUCCCUAAUGGCGUCACUCAAAAAAUCAAUGCGGCAGGAGUCAUGGACACCAGCUCUCCUGCGGUGCUCAGCUCCAUGACGCUCACCACCGGGCUGAAUACCGGUAUAUCAUCAGCCCAGUCCAUAUUUCCUGCCGGAGGUAAAGUCCUGGGCACCAUGCCUCACCCCACUCAGAUUCACACUUUCACCGGGCCCGCCCAAGCAGGCUUCCAGACAGGAAUCCCCAGCACCACUUCAGGGCUUCUUAUUGGUCUGCCCACUCAGUCCCACGACCAGCCACAGAUUCUUGUUUCCGAGGCCGGGCGGCCGCACGAGCUGGGUCCCAGUGUCGCCAUCGUUUCUACUCCUUCCUCCCUCACUUCCUCCCCGACCGUCCUUGCUUCCGCCCACGGCAAGAAGAGGCCCAUCUCUCGGCUGCUGCCGAGAAAAAACAAAAGGCUGGCCCGCUCCCGGAGCCAGCCCACUCUGGCCCCAUCUGAAGUGGCCCCUCCCAACAUGACCCUCAUCAACCUGUCUUCACCUCAGAUCACUGCAAGCAUCCCCGGCCAACCCGGCAGUCUGGUUGAGUUAAGCACCAUCUCCUCCUCCCAACGCAAAGUUCCGAAUAUCAUAAAGAGGAAGCCGGGAGGGGUAAUGUACCUGGAUCCCACGACUCUCCUUCAGCAGAGGAUUCCCGGUCCGGCCCAGCCUGGCCUCAUAGGUCAUGAUUCUUCGACCCAUCUGCUGCCUUGCACAGUGUCUGGCCUCAACCCCAGUCAGUCUGUGUUGAAUGUUGUGUCUGUGCCCCCUAGUGGUGCUGCUGGCCUACUUGCACCGGGAUCAGUCUCUCUCUCCACUCCCGUCCUCAGCUCCACUGAGAUCACGGGGCCGAUUAGCAACCUCCUUUUUAAAGCGAGCCCGCAUGGCCUGGGCCUGUCCGACCAGCCCGUCGUCCUCCAGCCGGCGGGGGCGGCUCCCCUGAUGUCACAGCUCAGCUCGCCCGUUCAGACUUCCAUCGCCAGCAGCAUCUGCGUGCUGCCGUCCCAGCAGACCAUCAGCAUGGCCGUGAACCAGCAAGCGGAGACGGACGGCGGCAACGUCCACUUGCAGCAGCAGUCUCAUUCUGUUAACAGAGUCCAGACGGUGGACUCCGGUCCAACUAACACAGUCGCUUUAGCUCCCAGCCCGUCUACCCCUCUGAACCCUGCCAAAGGACGUGUUGUUGGAGUGUUCACCCAAACACCAACCUCUGCACACUCCCAGAGCAGCAGAACAAAUCCCGUUUCCCGUUCGUCGGAGCACAGACCACCGAGCUCCGCCACAUCUGCGCCAGGAACAGAGAAAGGCAAACACAAAGCGAAGAGGAGCAGGCAGAGUUCAGAUGUGAGCAAUGGGAAGAAGCUGAAGCCCUCUCAAGUAGACGAGCAUCACAGCAACCCUGCAGGGCUGCACCCGUCCUCAAACCCAAGUUUGAAAGAGCUGAGCUCCCCUGAACCAAUGGACAUGGGCAAACCUCAAGAAAAGGCCUCCAACAAAAGCGUGCUUGGUAAAAAGAAGACCUCUGAAGGGUCGGUUUUACCAGGUAAAUUAGUGGGAAAAGACAGAACAUCUGCCACCGGAGGAACAGGAUCUCUUCCUGUGGCAUCAGCACCUGACCAGGAUGGGAACAGCAGGGACUCGGCUCUGGAUAGCAAGCCCAAAAAGGGCAUCAUCUUUGAAAUCUGCAGUGAAGACGGCUUCCACAUCCGCUGUGAGAGUAUCGAAGAGGCCUGGAAGUCUCUGACUGAUAAGGUGCAGGAAGCUCGAUCCAACGCACGACUGAAGGAGCUCUCCUUUGAAGGUGUGAACGGACUGAGGAUGCUGGGAGUCGUGCACGAGGCGGUGGUCUUCCUGCUGGAGCAGCUCUACGGCUCCAGACACUGCCGGAGCUACCGCUUCCGCUUCCACAAGCCGGAGGAAACAGACGAGCCUCCCAUCAACCCCCACGGCUCGGCCCGGGCAGAAAUCCACCACAGGAGGUCUGUGUUUGACGUGUUUAAUUUCUUGGCCUCGAAACAUCGCCAACCCCCCGAGUACAGACCGCAGGAAGAUGAGGACGAGGAGGGCCAGCUCCGGACAGCGAGGCGUGCGUCCAUGGAGCUGCCGCUCGCUGUGAGAUUCAAGCAGCUCAAGGCUUCUUCCAAAGAGACGGUUGGAGUCUACAGAUCUCCGAUCCAUGGUCGAGGUCUGUUCUGCAAGAAAACCAUCGAGGCCGGGGAGAUGGUGAUCGAAUACUCUGGAAACGUCAUCCGGUCUGUUCUCACGGACAAACGGGAGAAAUACUACGACGGAAAGGGGAUCGGCUGCUACAUGUUUCGCAUCGACGACUACGAGGUGGUGGACGCCACGGUGCACGGCAACGCCGCCCGCUUCAUCAACCACUCCUGUGAGCCCAACUGCUACUCGCGCGUCAUCACCGUGGACGGCCAGAAGCACAUCGUCAUCUUCGCGUCGCGGCGCAUCUACUGCGGCGAGGAGCUCACCUACGACUACAAGUUCCCCAUCGAGGACGCCAGCAACAAGCUGCCCUGCAACUGCGGCGCCAAGAAGUGCCGCAAGUUCCUCAACUGA